AUGGUUUCGUGCUGGUCCACUUUCAUCUUCGCUCUCAUAUUACUCCCCAAUCCCAGCAUCGUCGCUGCAGUAUUGACGUCGGACAAAAUUCCCUUUAGCGAAUACAGGUUGCUCUUUGGACUUUGUCGGGAUGAGGGACCUGCUGCUCAUGUAGCAGUCAGAUACAAAGGAUAUGCAUAUGCCACCCUGCAUUACGAUGAAUGUCAUCCUGCUGAAGCUCGCGAUUGGGCAGCAAUAGCGGAAGUUGCGGUCGUUUGCAGAGCCGCUAUUUGUUAUGAAGUUCCUCAAUCGCCGUCUUCCUUGAACAGUGAUGAUCAAAAUUUCGAUGAUUCUAUACAAGCAUUCCAGCUUCCUCAGGCUGCACCAUUUAAAUUCGGUCCAGGCGAUGUUGUGACGCAAAACGGUACAGAUUUUUCUCGUAUUUUGGGAGGAAGUACAAUGUGCUCUAGUCCCACCCUGUCCUUCUGA